CUGAGCAGCUGUUGUGUCGCAAUGUGGCUGUCUGUGUUGAAAUUGCAACGCUUCGGUUUGCAUGGACCAAUUCGGACGGUGACAGGACGCAGCUUUAGAAUGAGUAGUACUACAGUGACAGCAGCUGCCAAGGAUACUGGCCAGCAAAUGCAGCCCGCCAAAUACGAACGGCAGCCGAAUGUGCUGCGCAAGAAGCUGUCGUCGGUGGUGCCGGGUUCUGUGAAUCUCCAGGUGCUGGGAGCAGGUGCCAACGGUGCUCCGAGCGCAGUUUACCUGUUUACGGAUCAGUCACGCUACCUCUUCAACUGUGGGGAGGGAACCCAGCGACUGGCACAUGAGCACAAGACGCGCCUGUCGCGACUGGAGCAGAUCUUUGUGACGCGCAACACGUGGACCAGUGUGGGAGGAUUGCCGGGACUGGCGUUGACCAUACAGGAUGCAGGAGUGCGCAACGUGGGACUGCACGGACCGCCGCACCUGGACACAAUGCUCCAGAGCAUGCGCCGCUUUGUGGUGCUCAAGAAUCUGCAGAUGCAGACGAUAGACAGCACGAUCUGUAGCCAAUUCGAGGACUCUAUUCUGAGUGUUGAGUCCGUGGUGCUGCGCAGCGAGCAGCAGCCGGAGAGGCCAGUCAUCAGCUACAUUUGCAAGCUGAAGCCACGUCCAGGUGCCCUCAAUCUCGUCAAGUGCGUGGAGCAGGGAUUGUCGCCAGGGCCUCUGCUGGGUCAGCUCAAGAAUGGACAGGACGUGACGCUGCCCUGUGGCAAGGUGGUGCGCUCCGUGGAUGUCACCGAACCCGGCGAGACGGCGCUCUCCUUUGUGUUCAUCGAUGUGCCCAGCGUGGAUUAUUUGGCAUCUCUGCAGGCACAGUCCCAACAGUACAAGCAGUUGGCCGCAUCUGAGCUCACUGAGGUGGCCCUGGUGGUGCACUUCAGUCCGCCCGAGCUGACAGACCAUGUGGAGUAUCGCCAGUUUAUGGAUGACAACUUUUCCCAGUGCACCCAACAUAUACAUCUCAACGCGGCAGUGAAUCCCUUCUCCGGAUAUGCAGCUGCCCAUCGCAUUCAGUAUCAGCUGCAUCAGCUGGAUCCUCAGGUGUUUCCACUGCUGGCGGAGUCAGCGGAGCUGCAGCAAAGCUGUCCAAGCACAAAUCUUAGUCACAGCUUGAAGAAAACCAAGUUGGAGGAGAAGGAGGGGAAGGAGGAAGAGAGCAAGUCUUUGUCCAAAGAUGCAACUAAAGAUACGGAGCAGGGUGUGGUUUCCAUGACAAGCUUUCAUCUGCGACCUAAGAAAGGCCUGGAUCGCACACUGGAGUCGAAGCUGACGCCCGAGGAGUACAUCAAGGAGAUCAACGCUGUGCCAGGAGUCUCUGAGUUGCUUGCUCAGCUCAAGAGCGAAACACAAGGCAGCCAGGAGACGGAUGACAGCUAUCCACGCAUCAUAUUCCUGGGCACAGGCUCCUGCAUUCCAAACAAGACGCGCAAUGUCAGCUCCAUUCUCAUCCAGACUGCGGCGAAUGCGUUUAUGCUGUUCGACUGUGGGGAAGGCACACAUGGACAGAUUGUGCGUCUGUUUGGUAGGGAGCGGACGCGGGAGAUUAUGAGACAGCUGCAGGCGGUUUAUGUCUCCCAUUUGCAUGCGGAUCAUCACAUUGGCCUCAUUGCCCUGUUGAGCGAGCGGCAGCAACUGGAGCCGGAGCAACCUCUGCUGUUGUUGGCGCCACGUCAGAUCGAACCUUGGCUGCAGUUUUACAAUCGUCAAAUUGAAUCCAUUGCGGAUGCCUACACGCUGGUGGCCAAUGGCGAGUUGCUGGAGCAUCCACUGACUGGGGAGGACGUUGAACGUCUAGGCAUUGCCUCGAUUGCCACCUGCCUGGUGCGGCAUUGUCCCAAUGCCUUUGGCGUGAGUCUAACUCUGCAGGCACAGCACGAAGGAGCUCCCAUUAAGGUUACCUACAGCGGCGACACGAUGCCCUGCGAUGACUUGGUCGAGCUGGGUCGCAACUCAACGGUGCUGAUACACGAGGCGACCAUGGAGGAUGAUCUGGAGGAGGAGGCACGCAUCAAGACGCACAGCACCAUCUCGCAGGCCAUUCAACAGGGCAGAGACAUGCAGGCCAAGCACAUCAUUCUCACCCACUUCUCGCAGCGCUAUGCCAAGUGUCCUCGAUUGCCCAGCACCGAGGACAUGCAGCACGUGGCCAUUGCCUUCGACAACAUGCAGGUGACUGUCGAGGAUCUGCGUCAGUAUCACAGGUUCUAUCCGGCCUUGCUAGCCAUGUAUGCCGAGUAUACCGAGGAGCUGGAGCAGCGAGCUGUCAAACGGGAGCUUAAACAGGAAAGGAAACGUAAAUUGGCCCAAACGUGAUUUCAGUUAACACGUGAACGAAAACAUGUACAGUUUAAGCUAUGAUUAGGUAUUGUUAUUAAAACUAGUAUACAUAUUUGUCAACUCAAAAUGUUGUCAAUUUUGCAUUUAAUUUUCCAAUAAUGUUUAAUCCCAAAAGGCAACAGGUUUUAAUUGUAGUAUUUUUUUAAAUGCCCUAUUUCAUGACCAACUUUAUUGGAAGUCUGCUAAGAAUCUGCCAAGUGGAUUCAAGGACUUUAGUUUAUCACAAUAAUUGAAAUCUGUACUCAAACUUAACGUUUUCGUUCACAUGUAAACUUAACUCUUUGACUUUAAUUUUAAGCUGAUUGUUGAACUACUUACAAUAAAAGAUAAUAAAUUGUAUUUUUCCAAUUGAAAA